CGAAAGAAAGCUGAAACAAAAACACCCAAAAAAAAAAAAAAGCAACGCAGAGAGAGAGAGAGAGAGAGAGAGAGAGAGAGAGAUAUGGGUUACUUGAAGACGACGGCUAUGGCGGUGAUUGCGGUGGCGAUGGUGCUGGCCAUGACGGCAAAGGCGCAGACGCAGACGUGCAUAAGCAAGCUGGCGCAGUGCGCAGAUUCGUUAAACAAGACGAAGCCGGACCAGAGCUGCUGCACAGCCAUAAAGGAUGCCGUGACGACGGAGUUCCCCUGCCUCUGCAACGUCUUCAACACUCCCGGUCUCCUCACAGGCUUCGGCGUCACCGUCGAUGAGGCUCUCAACCUCACCAAGGCCUGCGACGUCCCCAUCAACCUCAGCCAAUGCAACUCUACAAGUCCUUCUCCGUCCCCAGUUCCAGGAGGUGAUAAUCACAAUGGAGCAGAGACGACAGCGUGGACCGGAGUUUCUACCCUUUGCGUAUUCUUUGUUUCCAUAUUGUUUUACUAGAUUUUUACAUUCAGAAAGAGACUUAUGAGAUUUAAUAAAGCGGAGAUCAAAUGCAGUGUUAGGGACUUCAUUACUGGUUUGGAGACUUGAAUAGUGAAUUAUUGGUUUGCUUCCUUUGUUGUUUUAUAUUAUUUAUUAAUUGAGCAGCAUUGUUGCCCUUUAUGGAAUGCAGUUGUCAAUCUCAUUUAUGUCGAA